GCGCUUGAUUUUCUCAAAAAGUCUGAUAAUUUUCCCAAGGCAAAAAAGUGGCUUCAGAGUAUUGAAUGUGAAUUAAACUUUACAUAUCAGAUAUCAAAAAAAGACGAACAUGCAUCGCUACCUCCUGAUCGACCAAUAAGGGUUCAAGAUCAG